CCGCCGCACACGAAUCAUAAAGGAGCAGCACAGCAGACAGUCAGUUGAAUCAUCAAGAUAAGAAAGACAGCGGGUCAGUAUGACUUUAAAGACACCAAUUAAACGGCACAUAGUUAUUCCUCUGAUACUUGAUUGAUGUACGCUUUUGUAAAUAUUCCGAUAAUCAGAAUUAUUUUGUUCAAAUGCAGGCAGUUUUUUAGUUAAAACCACUCACAAUGUCAACAGCAGGUCAGGUCAUCCAAUGCAAAGCAGCUGUUGCAUGGGAGCCCGGAAAGCCUCUGUCCAUUGAGGAUGUGGAGGUGGCACCACCUAAAGUCCAUGAAGUGCGCAUCAAGAUAGUUGCCACAGGCGUGUGCCACACAGACCUGGCAUACCUGUACGAAGCUGGAAUAGGGAUGAAGUUCAGACCAUUCCCGUUGGUUCUCGGCCAUGAAGCAGCCGGGAGAGUGGAGAGCAUUGGUCCUGAAGUCACCAAAUUCUCACCAGGCGACAAAGUUAUUCCUCUUUUUCUGCCACAAUGCGGGGAAUGUAAAUGGUGUCGCAGUCCUAAAACCAAUCUUUGCAGGAAGAACUGCAAAAUGCAUAUCAAAGUAAUUUUUAAACAUGGCAGAGUGAUCUUGUCAGACAUCUUUCAAACAGCUUUCCGGUUGACUGACUCCCAAAGUGCGUGUAUCCAGGUUGAAAAAGGUUCCUCCUGUGCCGUGUUUGGCCUUGGAGCUGUCGGACUGGCAGCUGUCAUGGGCUGCAAGGUUGCUGGGGCAACCAGGAUCAUUGGUGUGGAUAUCAACUCUGCGAAGUUUGAGAAAGCCAAGGAGUUUGGUGCCACUGAAUGUGUCAACCCCACAAAAUUCAGCAAGCCCAUUCAGCAGGUUCUGGUGGAGAUGACAGACGGAGGAGUGGACUACGCUCUGGAGUGUGUUGGAAAUCCAGGUGUUAUGAGUGCUGCGUUCGAGUCUACGAUAGAUGCCUGGGGCACCUGUGUCAUUGUUGGGUGGACGGAGACGGAAGCAAUGAGCGUCGUGGUUGAAAACAUCCUUAUGGGACGCACCUUGAAGGGGACUUAUUUUGGAGGUUGGAAGAGUGUGGAGGAUGUGCCUAAACUGGUGGACGACUACAUGAAUAAAAAGCUGAAGCUGGACGAGUUUAUCACCAACAACCUCCCGCUGGAUCAAAUCAAUGUGGCCUUUAAAGAUAUAAGAAGUGGUAACGGAAUCCGUACUGUCAUCCGUCUGCAGCCAGAGGAGGCUAGUGGCUCAUAUAAUAUGAAGAAUUGAUAUUUUAUGUCAUUGUAAUAACGUUUUGCACACAACUCUGCAGUGUAUUUGUGAACAUGUCGAUGCUCUCUUUCUAAAAAAGAUGUUGACAAUUAAAAUGUUUUCCUUGCUUGAUAAGUGUCCACAUUAGCCACUAGAUGGCAGUCUUACAUCAGUGUUGAGCUUCAGCAUUUGUGUCCAUAAAUGCCAUUUAUCUUUAUAAAGUUACUUAUACCUGCAAAGGAUUCUGUAUUUUUAUUCAUAUUUACGUCUGAGGUUGUUUGUCUCUUGUUUAUCACACAUUUGAAAAAAGGGAGAAACCCGACUGAAUGCCCAGUGCAUUUGUGUGAAAUAAUACAGAAUGAAGU